AUGGACUUUAAUGUAUACGGUAAAGUUCGAAGUUUCGUUUUAUUCCUUGACUGUUCAUGUAGCGAAAACUACCCCCUUGGGCCUCCAAUCGUGCGCUUCAUCACGCCGAUCUACCACCUGAACGUGAGUCAGACUAGCGGCCAGGUGUGUCUCCGCUUCCUGGCUGAAGAUGAGUGGGUGGCAGGAGGAACCAUUGAACAGGUGCUGAACGCCUUGUUCUCUCUCCUCAUUCGGCCGGAAGAGGACAACGCCUUUGACCACGAUGUUCUCAACAACUAUCACCACUAUAAACAGUCGUACAAUUCUAAAGCUCGUAAUAGUGCUGAUAAGGCCAAGUAAA